UUCAUUUCUGCUGUGCCACAAUGGGAACUCCGAGGCUGUUUUUCUUGAUCCAAGGUAUACAUUUAUACCUGCUAAAUUUUAUCUUAUUCUGUUUGGCCAUUUUUUUCAUUUGUCCUUCCAACAAAUCAAGCUCUCCUCAGAGCCAGAUCAUCUUCCAGGAGAAUUGGUAAACUGAAGUUUCUGAGCUAGCCAUGCUGAGAUCCCAAUUGCAGAGGGCAGGAUGCAGCAGCUCUUCUGAAAGCCUGCCAUAAAGCAGCUUCCUUAACACACUUGUUUCCUGCCCGCUUCUUCUGAGGUCAUCUUUUUAUAGCCUCCCGCCUAAAAUGUUUCUUGUGAGAAAUCUUAGCUUAUCAAGGAAGGCAAUGCCUCACAUUGUCAUGUUGAUAGGUUGAUGGAGAGAAUAUUCUCACCCUAGAAGAUGGCUAUUUCCUGAAGGGAUAAAACCACCAGGGAAAACCCCUGUGGUUCUCUUAGGGUAGGGCUGGUCUCCUGAAGCUGAUAACAUAACUCUGUCCAGAGGAGGAAGGCAGGAAAUACAGCUAUUCAUUCCUGGAAGUUUUGUGGGUAGGUGUGCAUCUUUCACAGCUUAAAGAUUCACAGACCCUGAGCUGGACAGAGGUGCCAACCCUGAAGAACUCCAGAAUCCAGGUUGCUGAAUCUUCCCUGCUGCCUACAGAGGCUCCAAAACACCUCUUGACAAUGGGAAAUUGGGUGGUUACCCAUUGGUUCUCAGUUUUAUUUCUGGCUGCUUGGUUGGGGCUGAAUGUUUUCCUGUUUGUGCAUGCUUUCCUGUUUUUUGAGAAGGCGGACAAGUACUACUACACAAGACAAAUCCUGGGAUCGGCGUUGGCCUGGGCCCGAGCCUCAGCUCGCUGCCUGAAUUUUAACAGCAUGCUGAUCCUGCUUCCUGUGUGUCGAAAUCUGCUGUCUUUCCUGAGAGGCAGCUGCUCAUUUUGUAGGCGCACCCUGAGAAAGCAACUGGAUCACAACAUUACCUUCCACAAGCUGGUGGCAUAUAUGAUCUGCCUCCACACAGCAAUUCACAUCAUUGCACACCUGUUUAACUUUGAACGAUACAGCAGAAGCCGGCAGGCCACAGAUGGAUGCCUUGCUUCCAUUCUCUCCAACUUGUCUCACCAAGAGAAAGAAGGGGAUUCUUGGCUAAAUCCCAUCCAGUCCCCAGACAUGACAGUGGAGUAUGUGACAUUCACCAGCAUUGCUGGUCUCACUGGAGUGAUCAUCACAAUAGCUCUGGUUCUCAUGGUGACUUCAGCUAUGGAGUUUAUCCGGAGGAGUUAUUUCGAGGUCUUCUGGUAUACACACCAUAUUUUUAUCAUCUACUUCGUUGGCUUAGGGAUUCAUGGCAUUGGAGGAAUGGUCCGGGGUCAAACAGAAGAGAGCCUAGACGAGAGUCAUCCUCACAAGUGCGCAGAGUUUUUUGAAAAGUGGGGUGAUCCUGACUCCCAUUGCAAGCGCCCCCAAUUUGAAGGGCUCCCUGCUGAGUCCUGGAAAUGGAUCCUUACACCAAGCAUUCUUUAUAUCUUUGAAAGGAUCCUCCGAUUUUAUCGCUCCCGGCAAAAGGUCGUGAUUACCAAGGUGGUCAUGUAUCCAUCCAAAGUUUUGGAAUUGCAGAUGAACAAGCGUGGCUUCAGCAUGGAAGUGGGACAGUAUAUUUUUGUUAAUUGCCCCUCGAUCUCUUGCCUGGAAUGGCAUCCCUUUACCCUGACCUCUGCCCCAGAGGAAGACUUCUUCUCCAUUCAUAUUCGAGCAGCAGGGGACUGGACAGAAAAUCUCAUAAGGGCUUUUGAACAACAGCAUUCGCCAGUUCCAAGGAUUGAGGUGGAUGGUCCUUUUGGCACUGUCAGUGAGGAUGUUUUCCAGUAUGAAGUGGCUAUGUUGGUUGGAGCAGGAAUUGGGGUCACCCCCUUUGCUUCCAUCUUGAAAUCCAUCUGGUACAAAUUUCGGAAUGCAGAUCACAGCCUCAAAACACAAAAGAUCUAUUUCUACUGGAUUUGCAGGGAAAUAGGUGCCUUUGCUUGGUUCAAUGACCUAUUGGCUUCCCUGGAACAAGAGAUGGAGGAGCUAGGCAAAGUGGGUUUUCUAAACUACCGUCUCUUUCUCACCGGAUGGGACAGCAAUGUUGCUGGUCAUGCGGUAUUAAACUUUGACAAGGCCACUGACAUCCUGACAGGCCUGAAACAGAAAACCUUCUUUGGGAGACCUAUGUGGGACAAUGAGUUUUCUACAAUAGCUACUGCCCACCCCAAGUCAGUGGUGGGUGUCUUCCUAUGUGGUCCUCAGACUUUGGCAAGGAGCCUGCGUAAAUGCUGUCAACGAUAUUCCAGUCUGAAUCCUAGGAAGGUUCAAUUCUACUUCAACAAAGAAAAUUUCUGAAUUAGAAGAAUAAGGAUGAUUAUGUAUUUAGUCUCUCCUUGGUUAUCUUCAACAAUUUACUUGGUCUGGUCAGAUUUGGGCAGCCACUGAAGGACAAUAUUAUGUUCCUUUCAAGCCUUGACACCUUGGCAUUCUUUUUUGAUUGGAUCCAAUUUCUUCAUCCCUGAGCUUCAUGGACCUAAGAACUUCAGAAGUCACAAUAAUUGCAAAGCCUUUAUUGGGAUCCUUUCUUGGGAAAACAACUGUAAAUCUUUCUGGAAUGCCUUGACUGCAGCAAGACAGAUUUGAGUUACACAAUUUAACCCCAAGUGGUUUUGUUGAUUCCAAGAGUUGCCAUCUCCUAGACUCUGGGUCACACUCUCCCCACCCUCCCAUCCUCAAAGAAGAUUUCUAGGUAGGGUGAUUUUUUUAAAAUAAAAAUUUAUUAAAGAAUUAAUGACAAAACAUAAUAAUAAGCAUAAAUAGUAAAACAACAACAUAAAAUUACCAAGAACCCAAUCCCUAUAUAACACUGACUAUGUACAUUCUGUUAAACAUGGUCUUGAUCCAGUGUGAACAGCAAUUUAUGCUUUUUUUUUGUCA